AUAGUUACUGACCCCGCAGUUGCACUAGGAGAUGGAGAGGUGGAGCCUUUGCUGCUGUUCGGGGGUACUCGGUACACGACCCCUUGUAACUCCAGAUCCAGAGGAUCCGUCAUCCUCUUCUGGCCUCCGCGGAGCCCUCCCGAACAUCCUGUACAUAUGUGCGCACACGCACGCACAAACACACACAAAUCGUUUAAAAUUAAAUCUUUAAAAAGACCUACCCUCAAAAGCACCCUUGCAAGCAACUUCUAAGAGGCACGUGCAACACGUUACGCAUGCGCUCUAUCUUUUCAAUGAUUGGCGUGGGCUUGUACUUUCUACUUUCCUUAACAACGGUCACCGGGGAGACAAGUUGGGAAGACGCCCUCUGCGGAUUGGCUGCCUCUCGCUUCACCGCCUCUGAAGAAACACUAGAAGGGGCAGGGCCGGGCUUUGCAGUGGGAGAGCUGGCUGUCCCAGAGCCCAGGCUGGAGAGCCCUUGACCGAGGCUAAGAAGGACGAAGAGAUGAUUACCCCCAGUUCCAGCCAGAGCCUGGGAAUGAAGUCGGAACAAUCUCCCAAACUGCAGGAGGAACUGGACAGGAGUCCCAGCUCGGUGGACGGCUCGGCCCUAAGGAACGGAACAGACAUGCAGACCGAGUCGCCUGCAGAAGCCACUAGUAGCCCUGUGGAAGUGGCUGAAGAUUCUGGAGCCAACUUGUUCCCGCCACCACUACCCCAGCCCCGGAUCUGUAUGUGGAAAUACCUGGACAUCCAUUCUAUGCACAGACUGGAGAAGGCAGCCACUGUGGAAAAGAUGAGAGAGGUUCUUGCUGAGCUCUUGGAGCUUGGCUUUCCUGAGCAGAGCCUGCGGGAUGCCAUUAUCUUGGACCUCUUCUCCCAUGCACUCAUCUUCUGCCGCCAGCAGGGCUUUUCACCAGAGCAGACAUCAGCAGCCUGUGCCCUGCUCCAAGAUCUUCACAAGGCCUGUGUUGCUACCCCUCUGGGCAACGUGGAGGAGUGCUACCGCUACUUUACCAGCGUCCUCUUUUGUCAUGGAAUCAGGCGGCCCCCUUUCAGCAUUGACCUCUUUAAAGAGGAGCAGCUGCUGGCCCUGGCUGACUACGUGGUCAACACCUACUUCCGCCACUUCAAGCUCUACAAAUACGUCUUCACCCCACAGGUGCGACUGGACCUAUCUCUGACUUACACGGGGUUACAGCCACUCACGCUCUGGCCAGAGGAGAAAGAAAACGAGGAGAUGAUGGUGGAAGAGCAAGUAGCUACUCCACAGGAGGAAGAGCCAGAAACUGUGACGGAGCCAGAGCAACAGCCAAGUGAGGUGUGUAUCCUCCAGACCUACAUCAAGUCCCAGCUGAGCAAGGAGUUGAGGCAGCUCCAGCAGCUGGUGGAGGAGCGGCUCAAGGAGAGCGAGGAAAGGCUGAGCAGUAAACUGGCUGCACUGGAGCGGCCAUUCCAGACACCUCCCAGCAAAGGCAAGACCAAGACCAAGUGAUCCCAGCAUCUUCCCCAAUAAAGACCUGGGCCUCAGUGUCCCAUCCCCCACCUUCACGAGCACAUUCUGGGUUUCCCCGUGAAACUAGACAGCAGACAUGGCACUGGCUCUCCCAGGCUUGUGGCAGGUUUUAUUUCAGAUGCAGCGCAGGUGGCGAUAGCUAGGCCAGGCACAACCCUGGAAGAGGCUCCCUUCCAUCUCUGCCCUGAUCUCCAAGUCCAGAGUAGUAGGGGUAAAGGGCUGGUUUCUGUGACAAGCAGCAUUCUCAGUUGUAGGCUUGGCAAGGCAGGGCUAAGGUCUGAGUCCCAAACAGUUGGAAUAAUAGAAAAAAAAAUGUCCUCCUGGAGAGUCCUUCUUUCUGGCUUGCCCAGGGAUAAGGCCCUAGCUCCGUACCAGUGUAGCCUCAUCCUCUGUGAUAGCACCGGAGUCUCCUUCGAGUUCAGUGGCAGCAAUGGGGAACAGCCUAGGAGGCUGGUGCUGGAAAAGGGCUGCCCGGUUCUGCUGCUCACCCUUCUUUACCCAGUGCCCAUAGAGCCGGAAGGCACAGUUGUCGAUGAGACGCCGUACUGGCCGCAGUGCAUAGGGGUCUCUCAAUAGUGCAUUCUUAGUUAGUGGCCGUAAACGGUGACUGCUUAAGGCCACUCGUCCGGCAGCCAGUAUUGUCCACACUGCCACCUGGGAAAGGGACAGUAUUAGCCCCAGUAAAACGCCCAGCACAGGGAAGAGGACAAGGCCUGGGUACAGACCCUGCUACUCUCAGGCUUACCCGGAACCGCUGGCGAGGCGUGAGGUUCCAAGGUUGGCUGCCUUCACAGCGCUCAAAGAAGGGGUGCUGCAGGGCUUGCUCAGCUGUCAGGCGCGCUUCAGGAUCCACCUGCAGCAGCUUGGAGAUCUAGAGAAACUUUAUAGCAUGAGGGUCACAUCUUGGGUCUUCCAUAGUAUUGUUUCAUGGCCCCUACUCACCAGGUCUUUGACGGUGUUUGAACGAUCAUCCCACUCAGGUGAAGUAAACUGAUAUUGGCCUUCCA